AUGGAUCCCCUGGAUAUAACUGCUGAACACAAUGAAGAUGAUGCCGAGGAGACCUCGCGUGAUGAUACCGAAGACUUUGUGGCCAAAGAUUCCGAGACGGCAUUGGACCAGACUCCCCCAGAAUUUGCAGAGCUCAAACCCACGUCUACCCGCGACUCGGCCGAACACCCGCCUAACGAUGGUCAUGAUACCCGAGAGAGUCCGUCUAGAAGGCCCUCUGAAGUUGGCCACGAGACUUCCCACAAUGCAAACGGGCCACUUACAACGGAGUCCGCUGCAGAAGAUCCACAUGAAGAGCUGGAAUUCGACGAGGGAGAGCUGCUAGACCUAGGCGUCCCAGAUGAAUUCGACGCUACGAACGAAGAAAGCAGCGAUAAACCGUCUGGUUCAGCUUCUGUCAAACGCCAACGCGAUGAGGAAGACGAAUUUGAGCUGGUCGAAAGCCCCAGCCCCGAUGUUAAGCGAUCACGGUCCUCAUGA